AUGAGCAGCAGCCAUGAGCAGCACCAGUCUGAAUCAAUUUUCAGACCCUCCCGUACACACUUCUCCAAAACCAUCAUCAUCUACAACUCAAUCACCACCACCACCAACAUUGCUGGCCCCGCCCCCGCCCCCGUCACCACCGCUACCGCCACCGCCAUUUCUAGUGCUGUCGUUCACGAAUGUGACCUCUAA